ACUACAAAAAUAUAUAAGAAAAUAUUAAUUAAAAUAUCUAUCAUAGUUCGAUACAAGCGCACUUAAAACUUUUUAACUAUUUUUACAGAGCAAACAGAUUUAUAUGUAUUUGAGGCACGUAUUCUUUGAGGGUAAGUAAACUUUCUUUCAUAUAAAAAGGGUUCUGUCGGCGUACAGCGCCACUCCAUACCCGACUCCCGGCCAACAUGUUCAAACUGACAGCCAUCUUAUCCUUGAUGCUUAUCGGUGAGCAUUUUUAUACCUUAUUACGUGCUAUUAGAGUCUAGAAUAGAAAUCUAGAGUAUAUAUAGAGAUUCACUUAGUUAUAGAUUGCUUGGAAGGCAUAUCUCACUGGAUCUUUGGAGUCUUUUGGCGCCAAAUCAUCCAUUAUUAAGUUCCGUGAAAGCCAAAAAAAUUCUUACCCGUCCAAUACACGUAACACAGAAAAAAAACUGGAUCUCUUUUUCUGUGCGGACCACUUACCCCAAAAUAUUUAAGAAUAAUCAAGGAUCCAGCAUUCGCAGAAAAACUAUUUUGCAAUAAUAAUAUUAUACAAAUUUGCAAUCUUCUUUCCUAUAUUUGCCCCACCCUUGUGUGUAAAUUUCCUAUCUAUUGGAUCACAUAAUUUGUCUCAUUCGGACAUUUGCACUUUCCUCAUAAAAUAUUAUCCGGAUGUUUAAAAUAAUAUUAUAGCAGUACAGAGAGAUAAAUAUUUAAAAAUUAUUUCCUCCAGAGACGAAUGUUCCAUGCUAUCGAAUAGGCUCAAACAAAUGCAUGUUUUAUUAAGAUAUUCCAACCGGGAUUUUUAAGUGAACCCGUGAUAUGCUUACAAUUUUUUUUGUCAAUUGUUCUCAUGUAAAAUUGUUCUGUAUCAGCGACUUGGUCGCUUGCGGACUCUAGACGACAUAAAAGAGAUGCGGCCUCGUCCCCCGACUUCAGUUCAGGUACAGGUAGAGUCAGGGGAUGUAGAAUGGUAGAAGUUGGUAGAUAUUGGUAGAAAUUGGUAGAUAUUUGUAACGGUUGCUAGUAACUUACAGUGAAAUUGUUUGCAAAGAUGCAUGAUGUACGCAUGCGUGUCCCUUAAAGUACAGGAAACAUACAAAUUUAUUAUAACUGGUUAUUAAUCCUGAAAAUCGUUUACUUGUAGUGUUUUAGUGGUGAUGUCCUGUAUAUGAGUUAUCCAUUUGUAGUAUGUAGCAACUUUUGUUGGGAUUUCUCGUGGCGAGCCCUUAAGUUACGUUAUAUUCAGGGAGCACGAUGUGGGCAGCAAGUUUGUCCUGUGAUUCGUGCGGCAGCGAGUGUGCUUCGGCAUGCGGCACGCGGCAUUUCCGAUCCUGUUGCUUCAACUAUUUGAGGAAGAAACGUGGUCCUGAUGCCAAGUUCCUCUCCCACAACGACGACUACAUAGCCGUGCAUAAGCCAAAAUUCCCGUUAUACGUUUUGGAUGACAUACCCGAAGCUUCGAGUAACAACAUGCCAGCCGAUUUCAAGUUCUAUCCCUAUGACGAUACGAUUGAAAAUAGAUUGCAAUACCUGUAUGAUAUAUAAACGAUUCUAAAGGCUGCCAUGUAUAUAGUUACAUAUAAUGUAUAAUUUUGUAAAAGUUCGAUUAUUCCAAAAGUAAUUUAUAGCAAGUUUUGCUUCAUUUAAUUAUCUAGGCUGGGUAGAUAUUAAAUUUGGCAAAAAACAGUACGCUUACCGCGAUAUUUCAUAGUCAUGUCGAAGGCAACGUUAACUUUAUUCAUUCACGAAUCUUCGCAAGUAAGUCAAUGAAUGUGAAACUGGGAACGCUUCGUAUGUAGUGUGAAACUUGUGGUAGGCGUACAGGUCUGUUAAUUUAGCAUCUGAUUAACUGAA